AUGUUACUGCUGCUUUGUCCAAAAAUUCUGGAGGAGAUCAUCAAUGCUGACAAUGGAGCUCCGCUGUCACCGCAACACCAGAAGAAAAAACAGUUUAUGGAUGAAGUGCGCAAGGCUCUGGCGUGCCACGGCCACAGUGUAGGCAGCUCAAAGCCAACGCUGACUGAAGCCGCUUUGCUUGCCGCGGUCAAUUUGUGCAAAGCCUCCACUUACAUCAACAUAAACGAUCGUGACAAUAUCUUUUUCAUCUUCGUGCAUUCCGUUUACGCCGAUCUGCAGAAUAUAUUGUUCAAUCCAUCGAAAACUUUCAUUCGAACCAGUCAGAAUGUCGCGGAAACAGAAGCAUUGUUAACGGAAUUCUUUGUCGCUUCAUUUCGCAUCACUCCGCACAACAAAAAUCUGCUCAAGGUGUGUCUUCAGCAAAAUUCCUCUGCGAUUCAUCACACCGUAUUGAUCUCAGCCCUCUAUCGCAUCAUAACUCAGCCUCGGCUUCCAUGGUGGCCCGACGUGAGCCCUUUUUAUUCCAAAUCCACCGAGAUCAGGACGAUGUUUUUGGAAACACUCAACAAAGUGAAUCAUCAUCCCCCAAUCCGAAUUGCCCAAAGUCUCAAUUUUCGGGACAGAAUGAGUUUGAAGAACAAAGAUAAAGCAGAAGACAGUCUGAUGAGCAAAUACAAUCUGUUGCUAAAUAUGGUCCGCUUGAUCAAUGCCAACCCUUUAUUAGUGCUCUACUGCCCACAAACGCGACCGAGCUCUGAUGCCCAAAAGGCCACAUUUGAAUUGAUGAACGGCUUGAUGUCCCUCAUCCAACAGUCUACCAUGUCCGACUUGGCCCAGGAAGCGAUGGAUGCACUGCUAUGUCUACACCAACCAGCCAAUAUUAGACUAUGGAAUCUUCACUCCCCUGCCCAAGCGUUUUGGGAAAUCAGCCCUCAGCUGCUGUACAGUAUUGCCCAAAAGCUUGUCAAUCGAAACAUACCCAACUCAUGUGACGUGCUGAAGUGGCUGCGCGAGAUUCUUCUGUGUCGUAUCAAUUUUUUACAACAAAACUGCGACUACAUCAAUCUUUCUGGAAUGACGAAUGGAAGGGGGGCGGAGGACAACGUAAUCAUCGACUCCAACAUGAAUUCACUCGAGUGCGCUACCACCAAAGUGAAUUGCCAAAUCCCAAGAGCUGUUACCACUUCUAGUUCUAACUCCCAAUGGUGCAAGGUCCCGCCUAGCUGUGGUGUCUACACAGAGUACUCCAUGUCCGACCAUGCUUCAGCUUCGCAACAGUCGACUUUUAGUGGACCGAAUCCCCUCCUCGGACCACUUGGCGUCAACUCAAAACGCAACAGAAUGGCUCUCAUCAAGCUUGAAACCGUUUUCUUUACCUAUCUCUGGUCUUUGGAUCUUGAGGCUGUGCUCACUUCUAUGUCUUGCUUUCGACUUUUAUGCCAAGAGGCUGAAUUAUGGAGUAAUGCCGCUGCUGCUGCCAUGGUUGCUACCGUAUCCGACGCAGAAAGGAAUGCUGUGUUGUGUCCUUACCGUUGCUCUUCCGUUUACCCAGAUACUUAUAGCUCAAAGUCAGAUGCAUCCGACCGUGAACCCGAUAUACUCCACUCUUCCAUGUCAUCCGGUGCGACUCCUGCGGAUGGGGCUGCUUCGGAGCCAAAGCAUUUCGGUCCGUACAUUCAUGCGGGUUCUUCCGCAUUGGCAGCCGAUAUGCUUUGUUCAUCACAACCACACUCCUCCUUAAAUCCUACUCUGAAAAGUUUCUCUGGCACAUCCGAUUCUCGUAACCGAACUGCUGGCUCUGGGCUGUGUAUCGCUUUGUGCAACUGCGGCUGUCCGUUGUGCACACCUACUUCCUACCUGCUUCAUUGUGCAACCACGGUUAUUCCCACAUUCGCCUCCGCCAGCCAACGCGAUAUGACUAACAGUAAGCACACUUCUGCACAGCACCCUGCUUCGUGUUCAACGGAAUGGGAACGAAAACCUCACUCAUGUAUUUCACCCGCCCAUGUUCGUGGCUUCUGCAGCCUCUCCAACUCUUCUCCAUGGUCCUGGGCAACAUCGUGUGCGUUCUCGGAUUGUCAACUUCCUGACAUUUUACCACUGUAUAGCGUGUACGCCGAAAUUGCUGAUCAUAGUCGAUCUAUCAUCACCACUGGAAGGGCACAUCUGCAGAAGCAGCUCCUCAACUUGCUUCGCAAAGUGAACUACCAAACUCAGGGUAACAAACUAGCUUGGGAGCACACCUACAUGAUAUGGUUGCGAAGCACAAAGUUCCUGAUCAAUUACCCCAAAUCCAAAACAGCUUCUGCCUCCGGAAGCGCUGAAGAAUCGUGUUGCGAGGGCUCCGCUAGUCACUCACCAAGCUGCGCUAAUAUGUCUACUCUAAGUGCCAGUGUAGGUCAUGGCAGUGGGAUCAAGGAUUCCAUUUCUGCUACCGGUGAAUUUGGCUCGACGGUUGGGUCUGGUGACGCCGUUUGUUCCGGAAAUACCAUCAUCCCUGGUAGCAGCUCCGCUAGUCUUGGUACAACUAUGACAUCACUGUUGACUGGAUCUGGGGUGGAAUCCUCUUCCGUUAACAGUGCUUGUGCCACCACUGGCUUCACUGGCGUCAAUUCUCUCGUCUCUGCUCGGUAUCUAAGUAUAAAGCGCCGAACAAGCCAACACUCUCUUGCCACUGAUCACGAACUUGAAGAUGUCCUUAACGAAUGGGCCAACAUGACUGGCUUUCUCUGCGCUCUUGGAUCGGUCGCCUUGAAUCCGCCUGCGUCGCAGCCAGUACCCUCGAAUAAUCCCUGUCAUUGCGGCCGCCGCUUUUUCGGUAAACGUGGUUUCCCCGGCUCCUAUCAGAUGGAUGCGCAUCCACCUGCCUGGAACGUCAUGACACUGAACCAACGGCCGGUCACCGUAUCUCGUCAUUCUUCACUGAACGAUUCUUCUACAAAAUCGUAUUCCCGAUCAAGUCCGUGUCUGCCCGAUGAGUGCACUCGCCGGGACAGUCAGUCGAUUGCAUCGUCCACGUCGCAUACAAGCUCCGCUCAUCGUCACCUCCAUCCUAGCGCUUUCGAUUUAUCUCUAAAUACGAACACGGAAACAAACAUUACUCAGGACCCCCAUUCAUGCGGUAACUCAAACCAUGCGACACACUCACAACAGGCCGUCUCGUGUUCGGACUCACUCGAUCGUGCUUCGGACUAUGAGCAGCUAUCUCUGGCAUCUCGGUGUCCUCAAUGUUCACACUGGCGCGUUUGUAUGCACCAUCCUCACCACCAUCUGCAUGCCGAUGACGGACCACCGCCUUAUGCAACUCGCGGUCCCUUUGAACGUGGCUCAAGCAACCAAGCUCAUUCUACCGCUUCCACUGUUACUGGUCUCACCAUCGAGCCAUCCGUUAGAAACGCAGUCCCAAAAGUGUCAUCUGGUCCAAUAAGCUCUUGUUCCCUACACUCGGACUGUAGUGCCGAUGUCAGUGGACGGCACAGCUCCUCUGGUCAUGCUACCGGACUCGGUCAGGAUAGUCGUUUCUCUCCGGUCGCUCAAUACAUUGGCAACCUACUUCUUCUCAUUAGUUGCCAACAUGAAAAAUUCGGCCAUCAAAUACAGAAACAUGUGAAAGAAGCAAUCGGAAAUGAAUUGAAUCCCCUCGUUUAUCCUAUUUUGUUUAAUCAAUUGCGGGCCCACGUGGAUGCUUGCUUCUCGGGGCAGGGACAACAGCAAGUUGUCGUGACUGAAACCAACACAUUGUUCAUCGAAAAUGUCAUCUUCAUCAUGCGUAGCAUUCUAGAGAAGCACGUCCACAAGACGGUGGGACAAUGUAGCAGCUAUCUUGAGGAGGUCAGCAUUGAAACUCUCACCUUAAAUAUAGUUCGUUAUGUUCGUCACCUAGAAUGUGUCCAUUCGUUGCAAAUCAAAGUCAAAGUGUGUCAGUUGGUUCAGAAAAUGAUGGCCAGACGAGAGGACCUCAAUUUCAGACAGGUGAACUUCUUUGCUUUCAUGUAUUCACUUAUUUUCACUUAA